GCGGCGCCCGCAUCAGCUCGCUGGGCGGCGGCGGCGGAAGGGGCGGAGCGGCGGCGGCGUCCGAGCGGCGGUGGAGGCCGCAGUCCCGGUCGCGGCCUCGGCCCCGGAGCCACCAUGGUGACCCCCGCUGAGCUGCUGGUGCUGCUGGCCGCGCUGCUGGCCACGGCCUCGGGCUACUUCGUCAGCAUCGACGCGCACGCCGAGGAGUGCUUCUUCGAGCGGGUCACCUCGGGCACCAAGAUGGGCCUCAUCUUCGAGGUGGCCGAGGGCGGCUUCCUGGACAUCGACGUGGAGAUCACGGGCCCCGACAAUAAAGGGAUCUACAAAGGAGACCGGGAAUCCAGUGGGAAGUACACCUUCGCUGCCCACAUGGAUGGCACCUACAAGUUCUGUUUCAGCAACAGGAUGUCCACCAUGACCCCGAAGAUUGUCAUGUUCACCAUCGACAUCGGGGAGGCCCCAAAAGGACAAGACAUGGAGACAGAGGGUGGUGGCGAUACCUGGGACGCUCACCAGAACAAGCUAGAAGAAAUGAUCAACGAGCUGGCAGUGGCCAUGACGGCCGUGAAGCAUGAGCAGGAGUACAUGGAAGUCCGGGAGCGGAUACACAGAGCCAUCAAUGACAACACCAACAGCAGAGUGGUUCUCUGGUCCUUCUUUGAGGCUCUCGUCCUGGUGGCCAUGACGUUGGGGCAGAUCUACUACCUGAAGAGAUUCUUUGAAGUCCGGAGGGUGGUCUAGAAGGCCUUUCCCGAAGAUGCCAGAGUCGUCACUCACUGUUUACCACACACCUUGGUCCUUUGAUGUCAUCAGUUUCUGAUUUUAUUUUCAGAACUGCACAUUCACGGCUUACAUUUUCUUUGUGAUGAGUAAAUAGAUAGUGGGGGAGAAACACCUUUUUAAGAAAGUUACAGUGAAAUCUGAAUUUUGAUUGGCAUGAUUUGUUACGUGACUGCUGCUUUCACGAUACAAGGUCCUGUUAGAACGCAAACCCUGUGUGUGAGAGAGAGGGCAGGCUUUCCCAGCUCUCGUCUCUUCCCAAUAAAUUGCAGUUUUGUUGAGGCAGCAGCA